AUGGAGCCUUUGGGGAGGAGGACGGAGACGACGCGAGCGGCGACGGCGGUCCGGGACGGCACCAGCGACGGGGUCGGGGAGGCGACGAGCAACGGCGUCGGGGCGGCUCCGGCGAUGUCGAACGACAUCGGCGUCAGGGCGCUCGGGCGCUGCGUCUCCGGUGACGGUGGCUGGAGCCAGACGCGGGGUAAGGGAGGUGACGAGGCGGUCCGGCGGGGAGGUGGCGUCCGCGAGGUGGUGGCGGGACGAGGCGGCGGCGUCGGGGGCUGGCACGGCGGGGUCGGGCCCCCGAGUGCCCCGAUCCAGAAUCGGGAGGGGGGAGGAGGGAGACGUGGGGUGGGGAUCGUGGGAAGUGGGGACUGGGGUGGUUAG